AUGGUAGAUACAGGUCAGAACUAUUUAUCAUCGAGUGAAUACAGAGACACUACCCAGUUAAUAUCUCUACCACAAUAUAUCAAUAAAGUACAAAAUACUCAAUACACAGGUGAAGUCAAUAACUACCAACAAACUCAUAACUAUCUCUAUAAUCCACAGGAAACUCUCGCAGCCAAUCAGACAGUGAUAUCUAAUGCGUAUACGAGGUUCGCUCAAUAUCCUCAACCAAUCACUUCCCAUUCCUACCAACUUCAAACAAAUAUCCACGAUAUUGGCGAAAUUAUUCCUAGUGUAAAUUAUAACUCAAACUCAAAUCUUGGAAUCAAUGGUUCACAAAACUCAUCCAGUUUACUUACUUCGUCUCAAAACAGCAACCAAGUUUCCUUCGCCGAUAUUUUACUUGAUCAUAAUUCGUCCAAUACCAGUAGUGGAACACUGUCUGCUUCAGAUUUAGAAGUGCUGAGUUCGUGUCUCCAAAUUUCACAAGACGGUCAACUGUCAUCUUCGGAACAUUCUGUGAAUCCAGAAAUUCUGCUCAAUCGACCUCAGAACUCCGACAUGAUUUACACGCAUUUUGAACAAACGGAAGUGGCAGCUAAUGAAGACUGUGUAACGAGUGAAAUGUAUGAACAAGCGUCUGCGCCAUCUCGAAAGCAACGUGUGGAAGACAAGCGAAGAACUAUGAAGGUGUCGUGUCAGGAAGAAAAAGCCGGACGUGAGAAUAAAAAAAGUGUUAUUGUUUGGGACGAUGUGACGUCACUUCCUGAGAAAAUCUCACUUCCACUUCCACCUUACUGUGAUUGUGAAAAUAUCCUGAUAGACACGGAAGAAAAAAUCAAACAACAAAGUUAUAUUAAAAAUAAAAAAGAAAUAAUUUUACGACACGUUGGAAGAGUUGUAAUCAAUGAUAUAGAAUUGUGUAGUUUCGUUCGAAAUGAGACAGCGUACAUCAGUUCUGGACAAUUAUUUUCCACUGGAAUAUUUAAUAAGGCAGCUCAUCAGUUAUUUUCCUCAUGCGGCAAAAGUUUCCCGUCAUUUGUCGACCGGUUAUUAAUUGAAGAGCGUGAAUACAUGAAACAAAAAGGAUUUCUGUCUCAAACCGAAACGAAGUCAGCGUUAUUCAGUGCAGGAUUUGUAGGUUGGAUUAUUGACUAUUUAAACCGAGAUGUGAAUGACAAGAAUCGAACAAUCAUUUACGAAAAAUAUUUAGGUCACCAUUGUUCAAAAUAUAAAAGUCUGAAAUCGUGGCAGGCCCCAACUCCACUACCUAUACCAACACGAACUUAUAUCAGAACUAAACCUAAAAAUAAAACAACAGGCUCGGAUAUGAUAACAACUUAUCUGGUAAGGGAUGGUAAAACAGAUAAAUUCACUGUCGCGGAAAUUGGACGGCUGAUGUUCAGUGAUAAGAUUUUAGCCGCGUUUAUGUUAGACGACGGACGAGAAAUUGUGUGCGUUAAUUUUUAUCAAGUCGUAGUUUACGCUCCUGGGGUAAGUUUUACGGAAUUUUACAGCCUUGUGAAAGAAUUUAAUUGUAGACUAAUUACAAGCCCUGACGGAGUCAAAAAUCAUUUUAAAGCUUUAAAGCAAGAAGUACCUGUAGCGUUUCUCGAAUCGGAAUGGAUCAAGUUGUCCAGCUUCAUGCAGAUUUGUUCUUAUUUACUGGGCAAAUUACCUCACAAACAUCAGGCCAAGGUUUAUUUUAAUCAAAUUCUUAAAUCAAAACCAAGAGAAAUAUUCGGACAUGAAUUAAAGAUUUCUUUAUCUAAAAUAACUUUUCCGGAAACUGAAACAGGUGUUGUAAAUUCUGGAGAUAUUUUAUCAAUGGCUGCAGCUUCUGCCAAUAUUGGAACGGAUUUCGUUCAAAACUCAGAAGUUCUUAUACAACCUCAACUUGCACACGGAUCCAGGAAAUCAAUUUCAAAAUCAAAUGAUAAAGGUCAAAAUUCUCAGCUAGAACUUAAAAAAAUGGUGGUCACGAAAGCUCAAAAUUUGAAAAAAAGAGGACGUCCACCUACUCAAGCACGUUUCCAUUUACUCAAAGACUCAACAGAAUCAGAGACAAAAACUUGCGCAGUACAAACUGAUCUGGAUUGUGAAGACUCGUGUGAAAGUGUGCCAAAUAUAGAUUUAACCCAUAUCCAUGUUGAUGAUUCAAUUCCAGCCGUUUCUAAGGUUACAGCAUCUUCUCACACAAACUCUACAUCUGUGUCAAAAACUGUCACUCAAAAUGAUCAAAACUCGAUAACGGAAGUCAACUCUCCUGUGCCAAAAGUUCAAAAUACUAGUAUAAGUGAUAUCGAGUCAAAAACAUUUUCAACGGACGUGAAUUGCAGACCCAAAACUCAUGUAAAUGAAGAGAGUGGUAGAUCAAAAUAUCGCGAUGCUGCAACAGGAAGUGACCAAGAAAUGGGCAGCAGAAUGAAAGUGGCAGACGCUGAACUCUCGUCUGCUAUUGAAACUAUAAACAAUCUGGAUUUUUUAAAUGAUUCUUUUGAGUUGGAUUCGUCCUCGCCUGACAAACUUCGGAUCGAUCUGUCUGCCUCCAGGAAUGGCGCCUCAACUCCCAGUGUAUCAGACACCGAGAAUAUCAGCAACGGGAGAAAAGAACACACCAUCAUGUCCAAUUCCAAUGUGACGGUCAUAGCCAAUAAUACGGGAGAAGAAAUAUUCGAAUGUGUUCCUCUAUUUUCAUUGGCUGAAUUAGUUCAGAAAGACGAAGGAAACAUGCUCAAUCCAUAUUCUCCGUUUAAAUCCGCAGAAAAUACAAUCCCCUUGAAUCAACUGGAAGAAAAUGACUACUCAGAAAGUUUCAAUAACCAGUCCCCUGCCAAAACUCAACGAAAUUGUCUAGAAAGUUUUGAGGACAGUUAUGGGCCAAUGAAAAAGAAUUGUAUGAAUUCGAACGCAGAUUUAAAAACAUUGAACCAAGUGAUAUUAGGAGAGGAGCCUGAUUGGGUGUUGAGUCCACAGAAAUCGUCCAAUACAAUGGCUAGUUUGUUCGACACUCCGAAAACUUCACCGCAACUGGAUAGAUCUGAUCCUAAAACUCCACGACUUCAAUCUUUGUGUCAGAAAUUUAAUAAACUAGAAAGGGAAGCAACUCCAAACACUUCUCUUCAUUUUUUUGCUGAGAUUGCGUCUGCUUCUGAAGACAUAGUAGAAAAUAAUUCAACACUUUCAAAAAAAAAAUCCAGACCAACCUUUCCAGUGAAACUUUUAAAACAUGUGUCAAAUGUGUCGAGUUUUCUGAAUCGAGAUUUAAAACUGAAUAAAGCUACGCUAUUUAAAAACAAGUUUAUGUUGAAUAUCAAACUAAAGAAAACCAUGCUGAGUCUUUAUCGUAAUUUAGGAACUGAUUCAAGCCUGAUGGAAUCCUUCCAGAAAUUGUUAAAACUGACUGUUUUACUUCUGUCUAAAAUCUGUACCAUUUCUGAACUUCAGAGAAAUUUAGAUCUGUUGAAAAAUCACAGAAACGUUUCAGAAACUCAAACUGUUGAUUCUGAAGAAUUGGAACGAGAUGAAGAGAUGGAAGUUACUUUCACAGAAAUCAGGUCUGUUCCAGCGACAAAAGUGAACGCAAAAAAUGAUGAAAAUGUGGAGAAAAUCGAAUCAAAUUUAUCAAAGAAUACUUCCAAUACUCUUCAAAAUGAAGAAAAAGCUUCUCGCGUGCCAAUGUCCCAAACGAAUAUUUCCGAGGAAGUUUAUGUUAAAGACUGUUCUGAUAAAGAAAAGGCAACUCUUGAAUCAAACUGUAUUAUAAUCCACCAAAACAUACUUCAAGAAACUGUUUCAUCCCCUGAAAAAUCUAGUCCCUCAAAAUACAAAUCUCGAAAACGAAAAUUAAGAGACAUUUUUCCUCAGAAUGAAGACAAAGAACUUGCAGGUGCCAUUUUGAAUCACAAACAAACUUCUUCAGAUGUUGAAAUUCAUUUCCCAAAUUCAAAAAAAUCCAAAUUGGUAUCCGACAAUUCUGAUAAGACUGAUGAGGGGGUUGAAAAUGCACCUCUUGCAAUCAAUUUGGAUAAAAAUAGAACUGAAAGUUCAAAAACUAGUGGAGAAAAUGUAAAAAUAAAUAGUGAAAGUACGACAAUGUGUAACAGUGAAAAAUAUCCAGCAUUAUUACAAAGUUUAUUAAACUCUUGUCCUAUUUAUUCAAAACCCAGUUUAAAUACCUCAAUAUUGAGAAAACCUGAACCUAAAACUUUUGAUGUGUGUGUGAACACUACGACUGAAAAAUCCUCUCCGCUAGGGGAAUGUGAGACCCCUCAGCCUCCAUCCUUGCCAGAAACAAACUCUUCACAAACCCCUCAGACACAAUCCAUGUCAAAGAAAAGUUAUUCACAAGGUAAAUGCAGUAAUAAGACUUUGAGAGAAAAAUGUUUUCCAUAUCAAGGUAAAUGUGUUACUUCACAAACUCUGUCUUCGCUAGAAAAUAAUUCACAACAAGAAACAAGUGAAAUCACUCAAAAUGGACGUCUGCCAGAAGAUAAAUUUCCGGUCGUGUCUGGUAAACGAAGACGAAAAAAACCUGCGAAAUUCGAUGAGGAAUUUUUAUCGCGUCCCAAACCGAAAGCUGAGAAAAAACAAAAGAAAACGUUUCUUGAUAAGUAUAAACAAAAUGGAAAAUUCUCUCAUCAGAGUUUGAUUGAAAAACACUCGAAACCUGUUAAAGAAAGAAAAAAAAAACAUAAUGAUAUUGCUAUGGAAGAAUUACCCACAAAUGAAGAAAUUUUCGUGUAUAUUCCCCCCGUCUAUGGAGCGAAUGAUAACGUUAUUGACAAUUCAACGCAGAUAAUUCCUGCAUCAAAAUUCAGACGGCGUAGUAACAAAAUUAAAGACAUUUUGAAGGAAAGUGAUUCUGAACGAGAUAAGGAAGAGACAGUGUUAAACAGUGCUAAAACAUCGCCUGAGGACAUUCGACCAUCAUAUAGUGUAAUAGACUCCAAUGGGAAAAUUCUCCCCUCUCCCAAACCAAAUAACACGAAUCGUAAAAUAUCUAUGAGUAGUGGUGCUAGUGGAAAUGGGGAGAAAUAUGAAAUAUUUCAAAGUUGUUAA